AUGGAUCUGGCGCGCGGCCGCCACAUCCAUGCAUCGGGGGAGGUGCCCCCCAAAAAACAUGCGGCUGGCCGGUGCCGCCUCGCUCGGCGGCGGAAGUCGCGCGUGGGAGCGGGCCCCGUCGCUGCUCCGCGCCCCUUGAUCGCCCGAGCGAAGCGGCGAAGGAGGAGGAUGAGGAGAGAGGGGGGAGGCUCGGCGGCGACCACGGCGACAGGCGGCAUCGCCCGCCGAGCCCGCGGGAGCAAACGCGCUAGUGGAAGGCCUUGUUCCACGCUGCGCGACAUUGGCAGCGCCGCCUCCCGACCACCUCCUCUCGGCUCGCCAGCGCACGUCGCCACUGUGACACUCGCAGCCGCGUGCGAGCGCUCAAGCUUUUUGUUGGGGGGCAGCGGCGAGGGCGGGCGCACGCCCGCGGGCCGCGCGGGGACGACUCGCACACGCAGCGGGCUGGGGCAAGAAGAGGACGGCCGCAGAGGAGAAAACGCGGGAGGAAGCCUCUGGCGCUGCGCAUCUCGAGCGCAACAAGUGCACGCCGACUACUGCAAAGUCCCUGCCUUGCCGGCGUGGGCGCUGGCCUCUGACGCCGCGCCAAGAGACCUCAACCCUGAAUGA